UUGAUUCGCUCUCCCCGAUGUUUAUUCGGAGGAUACAUCACAAUGGUUUUCAGAUCGUAUUGUAUUGAUAAAACCGAGCGUACUCACUGGCUAGUGUUAGUUGUGCGAUAUCGCAUUUUCUGGCACAGUCGUUAUUCAAAUCGCUAAAUCAGAACUGCUAGAAGGCUUGAAUGCUAUGAUUCAGACGGAGCUAAGGAAUAGUCGAAUUAAAUGGAAAUGUAAGGUUUAAUAUGUUGAUGUAUGCAUAGACUAGUGCCAAGGGAAAUCAAAUUGGACUUAGAAAGUUUAAAGAAGCCGUGCUAAUUAUAAUAAACAUUGGCCGAACGUUGUAAAACAAGAAUCCAAUUCCGGAGUUCUGAAUUAUUGAGCAGCAAUGUUAACGGUGGAUAGAUCAUAGGAUUUUGUUUUAAACCGUGGAAUAAACUCGUUUAAAAGUCGAAAACAUGUCAGAGGUAACAGCUCGCAAAGCUGAUUUUCCUGAAAUAGUGGAAUUAAAUGUCGGUGGAGUAUUCUAUACAACAUCUUUAACAACCUUGAUAAAGGAGCCUUCCUCACUCCUAGGACAAAUAUUCGGAGGUGAAUGUAGCAUAAAGCUCGUAAAAGACUCCAAAGGAAAAUAUUUUAUUGACCGUGAUGGGGUAUUAUUUCGCUACAUUCUGGACUUUUUAAGAAAUCAGAAAAUAGUUUUACCGGAAAAUUUCCAUGAAAAAGAUAGAUUAAGAAAUGAGGCUGAACAUUUUAAACUACCUGAAAUGGUGAAAGGUAUCACAGCCACGUACCUUAGUGGUCGAUUGAGUCCAGUACCUCCUCAUAAAGUGUUGCCGAGUGCCGUUCAAAACUCCGUUCAUUCAACCAUUAGCGAAGGACGAACUUGCGGAGUGAUAACACUUGGCUAUCGUGGUACCUUUGCUUUCGGACGAGACGGAUUAGCUGAUGUGAAAUUCCGCAAGCUGAGCCGAAUAAUUGUUUGCGGCAGAGUGUCCUUGUGCCGGGAGGUAUUUAAGGAUACUCUUAACGAAAGCAGAGAUCCAGAUCGGGGUUGCUCGGAUAGAUACACAAGUAGAUUUUUUCUUAAACACAGCUUCCUUGAGCAAGCUUUUGAUAUGUUACAGGAAGAAGGUUUCCGUUUAAUUGGAUCUUGUGGGUCUGGCACAAAUAAUGCAGGGGAAGUAAAGCCUGGAAUGGAUACAGAAGAGGCCAAGUGGCAGCACUACAAUGAAUUUAUUUUUGAAAGGAGAUAAACACUUCGUUAUAUACGAUAUUUCCACUAAAAACAGGACCACUCUUGUGCAUAUAUUUCCUUCACAGUAGGCUUAAAGAAGUCCAUGGAUGUUAAGUUGAGCGUAAUGUUUUGUCCUUGUGCGCGCUUGAUUAUUUGGAACGUCAGUAUGUUUGAUUAAUGGAAUUGCUAGAAGGCUUAACAAUAGUUUAUUGGAUGGUCACAUGUGUUAAAAAUGACAUAUUUCAUUUAGAUAAAAGGAUUUAAUAAAAAUGUCCAUUUAUUCAGGAUUGUUGCAAUAGAUUAUAUUUCACAUUUUUUUUAAAAAAUGGAGUAACAUAUUUGUUGAGUAGGAUUACAGACUGUUAAAUGGAUAAGUAUGAAAGGGUAUAUAGUUUUACAUGAUUUCAGUGUUUAAAUAGUGCACAUUUUAAGUCUUGCUCUGUAGUAGUACAUAAUAUAUUUGUGUUUUUCCUUUCAUAAAAGAGCGUUACAUGCAGUACAAUAAGUAAAAUUAGUAAGUAAGAAAAAGAGCAGUUUAAGUUUAUACUGCAGAAAAACAAAUGGAAAAAAAGGAUCUGUGUAAAUGAAUUGAUGUUAACGAUGUGUUGUUAGAUAUUUUAGGAAAUAAAAGUUGGACAAUAAUUUUGUAGAUGGAUUCUAAACUUAAAGUUUUAGAAAAUUAUUAUGCAACUGUAGGGUAUUUUUCUGUGAAUAUAACAUGAUAUGUGUAGUUGUCAAAAUAAAAGUAGACAUGAAAGAA